GCUGUCUUUUCUUGAAUUGGAGAACCAAUUACUGAACAUGAAAUUUUGUUUGAUACAAAUCGCUUUGGACCAUCUAUAUAAUAUAUAAAAAUGUGUUAGAAGAUGUAAUUUUCUCGUAUUUUCAUGUAAAAAAAGAUUUGUAAAGUUUUAUAUAAGUUAGGGGUUCUUUUUUCAGCGAAAUACAAAAUGGCGUCCUCCGCAAACUCGAAUUUCUCGACUUGGGAAGAGGUCAGAGAUCAGCUUCGAAAAUUUCGCGAAGAUAAUGUGAGGUGUAGUGAAGAGGUGGUUGAAAUAGCAGACAGCUUACUUGCUGAUCAUGCUAACAAAUUAGGCGAUGAAGCCUGGAUAGUAUAUGAGCAAUUAUUUAUUGCAUCCCUAGACAUUGGUAAGAUAGAUGUAGCAUCAGCUUGUAUCCGAGAGUUAAAUAUACAAUUUCCUAAUAGUAUCAGAGUUCGAAAAUUAAUGGGAAUGAGAUAUGAAGCAUUACAGAAAUAUGAUGAAGCACUUAACAUAUAUGAAGAUAUACUGGAAGAAGACGAAUCAAACUCAGUUGUUAGGAAAAGAUAUGUAGCUAUUCACAAGGCAAGACGGAACAUCCCAGCAGCAAUUAAACUUCUUAAUGACCAUGUCAAAAAAUUUUCAGCGGAUCAUGAAGCGUGGAUGGAAUUAGCAGAUCUUUAUAUUUCUGAACAAGAGUACAGUAAAGCUGCAUAUUGUGUAGAAGAACUUAUACUAUCCAAUCCACAUAACCAUUUAUACCAUCAGAGGUAUGCUGAGAUUAAAUACACACAAGGGGAGAUGCCAAUGGCCUGCAAAUAUUUCUCACAAGCUGCCAAGUUAAAUGGGGAUAACAUGAGAGCUCUUUAUGGAAUAUUUAUGUCUGCUAGUAAUUUAGCCGGGUCACCGAAAGGAAAUGCUAAAACGAAGAAAGAUAAUAUGAAGUAUGCAGCGUGGGCUGCAAGACAAAUAUCUGAAAAGUAUAAGUCUGUGGAAAUGAGGGACCACGAUGCACAAGUCGAGGCGAUUGAAGAAAUGUUAGAUUCCCUUCAAGUUGUACCAUCAACAAACUAGCCCCUUUGUACGAUACCGGCAACCCAUCAUGAUAUAAUGGUUUCUUCUGUAGUUGCCAUGACUACCAUGAGUGAAAGAAUAGAGUGGAUUAUUUGCAGUUAUUGUUUAUUCAAAUCAUAUCUGAUAUCUGCAACUCCUGACAGAAUACAAAUAAUGUAUGGGAUUUAAGUUCUAUGGGAGCCCACUGUAAUAACUCUGUCAGUAAGAUGUAUUCGCAUCAAACUGGAUUUUCGGUCAACAAACUUGACACCAUGUACUUGUAUAUAAUCUAUUUCGGCCGUUGGGCAAGAGUGAAAGUCAUGAUCAAAUAUUAUAAAAUUAAAGUAAAGACUACUUUGCUGGUAACCUUGUUAUAGGGUUAACGUAUUCCCACUUGGGGGGGGGGGGUCUGUUAGUAUGGUUGGUUGGUUAAUGGGCAAUAGCUAUGAUGAUGGAGGGCAUUCAGUAUUGCAUUAGGGAAUUAUUCGAACAGUCAGUCAGCAAUAUAUCUUGCAAAACACUUGGGUCUUUUAAAGAAUGGUUGUUGCAUACGCACGCUAGAUAAUACUUGCUAUUCACCAUGUUGACAACCCCUAUGAAAUAGUAAUCACAAACCACGCGCAUGUGGCGCCGACAAGUCUAGAUUAGGCAAAGACCAUAGCUGCAAGUCAUUUUGCUAACCGACUGUCUGAAUAAUUCUCAGAAUGGCUGUAAUGUCAUAGUGGUGUGGCAUUAGCAAGGGCAUUAAUUAUUUGUAAAGCAGGGAGAAAGAUCUCAUUGAUUUUAGA